UCUGCUUGUUAUACGCUUUCAGUGUCACGUCAUAACCUCUGCUACAUUUACACCAACACCUAAUUAUUUACAAUAUCCUGUUACUUGAUUAAAACUAAAAUACUUGUUCGCCGCUGAUAUGGCGAAUUCUGAGCUAGAGGCGAAAUAUCACAAACUUGCGAAUGAAUACGCUAAGGUGAGAUCCCAGGCUACAGUAUUAAAGAAGGCUGUACUUGAUGAGCAAUCAAAAAUAUUAAACUAUAAGGAUGUUGUCAAGGAACAGGAGCAGAAAAUUCGUAAACAUGAUCAAGAAAUGGAGAGCCUCACUUUUCGCAAUGAACAGUUGAGAAAGAGAGUUUUAAUAUUACAGCAAGAGCUGCAGAAUGUGAAUACUCCAAGUAAAAAAGGAAAAACAAAAAAUUCUGUUACUGAUAGUCCUAAUCAUUCUAAUUAUUCUAUUAUUGAUGAGGAGUUACAAAAAAGAAUUUUGGAGAAUGCACAAUUGGCUAGCCAGUUGGCAGAUAAGGAUUUAGAAGUAACUAACUACAAAGAAAAAAUGGAAUGGUUAGAAGAUAAAUUCCGAAAACUUAGUGUUGAUUUAGACACCAGCAAUGCAGAACUCAAAACUUUAAAACAAAAGAAGUUGACUGAAAACACUGUCAAGGAAUGCAAACAAUGUAAAGAGAAUCAACACUGGAAGGAAGAAGCAGAUCGGUGGAAAGUCGAAUGUGAUUUACUUCGUUCUCGGCCGGAGGCAAACGAGCAGCUCACUGAGUACUAUGAAACUCAAAUCGCUGAACUCAUCGAAUCAAAAGCCGCAUACAAAUCAGAGUUUUGUAGUCUGCAGGCGGACAACGACACAUUAAAAACGCGCCUGGAACAUUUACUACUCGAGAAAAAUGCCCUCGAGAGCAUAUUGGAGAAGAGCAACGAAGAAUUGCAUACAACCACCGAGAAUUACAAGAGCCAGUUGGACGCCAUGACCGAACACUUGGCAGCGCAAAACGAGAAGAUUACUCAACAAUGUGAUGAAAUUCAAGUUUUAAAACAUUAUUUAAGUGUGAAAAAGUAAUUUACAAAGAUGAUAUUGUAAAUAUUAAGUGUUAAUAUUGGAGCAGAGUGUAUUAAAAAAAUGGCUGCUGGCCAUGUUUUCAUAAAUUAAUAUAUUCUUGUGAUAACUUUUUAAUUAUAUCUAUAUUCAAUUUUAUAAGUUCUUUGGGUCAAAUAAUUUACGCGUAUGUUCUGCUCCAAUAUUAAAUUGAUUUUUAGAAUGUGAAUGAAUCUAGCUGGCUAUGCUAUUGCAUCAUUUAUACAUAAAAUAUUGUAUUCUACAAAUUGUGUUUGUACACGCGCUCGCUGCGCAGCGGCCGAUAUCAAUGUAUCUCACUGCAAAAUCUCAUUCAAGUGUAAUAACUCAGUGGAUACCUUGUAAAGCAAAUACACAAACAAAUUGAGA